GUGACGCGCAGAGCUUUAGACGGAGCGGAGGGAGGAAAAUGGCGGACGAAGAUAUUACGCUUGAUGGGAAACCUCUACAAUCGCUCCGAGUGGCCGAUUUAAAAGCCGCUCUGGAGCAACGAAACCUCCCGAAGAGCGGCCAGAAGAACACCCUCCUCAAGCGGCUGAAAGGGGCUCUGAUGCUGGAAAAUCUUCAGAAGUCGUCCUCCUCUCACAGUGGGUUGCAGCCCAACUCACAGAUAGGUGAGGAGAUGAGCCAGAAUAGCUUCAUAAAACAGUACCUGGCCAAGCAGCAGGAGCUCCUUCGCCAGAGGCUGGAGAGAGAGGCCCAACAAGAAGACGAGGCAGAAGAAAGCCCAGCAGUGGUGGAGGAGGAUGAAGACCACUCGGAGGACAAUGAUUGCUCUUCCUAUGUCUCUGACAAGAAGCAACACUCCAUACCCCCCAAGCCCUCAAUGACCAGGGCUGAGGAGAAAGGAGGAGGAGAUUCAGUGAUGGGUCAUGUGAUGAUGGCAUGUGGCCCCGACGUUGGCCCCGGCCCUAUCCUCCACCCACAAGAGUCCCUUGAGGCUCCAGGAGCAAGGAUGCAGCGAGCCACCUUUCAUCAAGGACAUAAGGAGCCACCAGCCCCAUCUCCUCCCCGCGCCGUAGCCUCGCUGUCAGUGCGGGUCCUAGGCCAGCCUGACCGCCAGGGGCUGCCCCCCGUACCCAGAGCCCAGGAGAAGGAGGGCACCGCUCCGAGUGAACCCGGAUCAGCUCAUCCCGUGCUCCACCUUAGCCGGUCUGCCGGGGUCUCAGCAGGAGCUCAGGUCCAUGAGGACAGUGAUGACGAUGAUGACGGUGAUGAUGAAAGUGAGGAUGACGAGGAUUGGGGGCCUGGUCCUGGCGGGGCACGAAGGGGAAAUCGAGUACCUCCUCAGGCGCAGCAGUUACCUCCAAGUGUCCCAUCAACAGCUGCGAGGUCCAAACGCAAGCUUCAGCCUCCGCAGCACAUCCCGCCUCCACAGGUACACCACACACCAAUGCAACUGCGCCACCCAACUCCUCCUCCCUCUCCACCUCCUGACUUGUUUCCCCUACCUGACACUCCCAAACAGAGCCCACCAGACACAGCAGACCAGGAGGGAGAAGGCCCCGGGGCUUCAUGUGGUCCAAGGGUGCCGUCCUUCCCACCUUCCACCAUGCAGAGGCAAGACUCUGACUCAAGCUCUCGUUCCAGCAGUCCUGAGCCGCCUGUAAAGCGCGGGCCAGGGCCCCUUUCUCUGCUGGUUCACAAGAUGGAGUCAGAGGCCGCCACUGCUGUGGAUAUGUCUGCAGGGGCCGCACACUCCACAGCUGGGUCCGCCGGCUCCAGUGACUCUCCACUGCAAAGAUUGGAGAGAAGGAGGCUACAAGAUAACAGAGUGGAGGAAGAAAGGCAACUGAAGGAGGAGAAGGAGAGAGAACAACACCAGAAGCAAGAGAGAGAAAGAAAGAAGAUCCAAGAACAGGAGAGAGAGAAGAGACGCUUGGAAGAAGAGAAGGAAAAGGAGAGGAAACACCAGGAAGAGGAAAAAGAGAGAAAACACCAGCUAGAGGAAAAAGAGAGAAAACACCAGCUAGAGGAAAAAGAGAGAAAACACCAGGAAGAGGAAAAAGAGAGAAAACACCAGGAAGAGGAAAAAGAGAGAAAACACCAGGAAGAGGAAAAAGAGAGAAAACACCAGGAAGAGGAAAAAGAGAGAAAACACCAGCUAGAGCAAAAAGAGAGAAAACACCAGGAAGAGGAAAAAGAGAGAAAACACCAGGAAGAGGAAAAAGAGAGAAAACACCAGGAAGAGGAAAAAGAGAGAAAACACCAGGAGGAGAAGAGAAGAGAGGAGAAACUGCUAAAGGAGAAGAGACAGGAGACAGCCAACAAAGGAAGGGUGGCUGUGACUGAGGCCCAAGACUCAGGUUCCUCAUCAGAUUCUGACUCCAAAUCAGACUCCUCUUCACGCUCAUCACAAUCCUCCUCUUCCUCCUCCGGUGAUAAAAUCAUCCCUGUCAGAAAGCUGAAGAAGGCAGCGCAUGACGGAGAGGACGAGAAAAACACUAACCUGAAAGAGGCAGAGAAACGACACCUUUCAAAAAGCGAGGUGUCGGAGCCCAGCGCAGCAGCGGUGACAGAGGCGGAACCGGACUCGGAGAGCGCCAUGGCCCAGCAGCCGCCCUCCGGGGCUGAGCCAGAGAACAGCGAGGGUCGCCUGGAGGAGAGCACCACUCCUAAGGCUUUUGCUGCUCGCAAGAUUUCCUUGACCAGCAGCAAGACGUCUCCAGCCGCCACAGAUGGAGGAGCAGGUGAGCCCGACACAGGAACUGCAGCGGGGAGGAAGAGGCGGUGGGGCUCCAGCACAGCAUCCACUGCUAAGAAACCAUCCAUCAGCAUCACCACUGACUCACUGAAGUCUUUGAUCCCAGACAUCAAAGUGAACCAGGAGGCCGUGGUGGAGCUGCACCCAGAGGAGCUGCAAAUGUCUGGGGACGAGGAGAGCCUGGACACCAGCCGGGGCGACCAGGACAAAGGCCUCAAGAUCAGACGCACCGUCACACAGGUCGUCCCAGGUGACAGCCAGGAAAACGGACAGACAAAUGAGGAGGAAGAGGUGGAGAAAAUGGAGAAAGAGAAACAACGCAGGACCUCCAGAGACAAAAGGAAGAAUAGUGUUUCUGAGGAAGCCUCGGAAACACAGACGUCUGUCAAGCUCGACGGAGAGGCAAAGAAAGUUACCCCCAGCGACAGUCUGGUGCGUCGCUCCAUAAGUCAACAGAAAUCGGGCGUGUCCGUCACCAUCGAUGACCCCGUCCGUGCAACCAGGCAGCCCUCGCCGCCUCACGGCAAAACCUCAAAUAUCAUCCAUGUGACCAACCUGGUGCGACCCUUCACCUUGGGCCAACUCAAAGAGCUGCUGAACAGAACGGGCAGCGUGGUGGAAGAGGGCUUCUGGAUCGACAAGAUCAAGUCCCACUGCUAUGUCACAUACGCUACAACAGAGGAGGCGGUCGCCACCAGAGCUGCCCUCCACGGGGUCAAAUGGCCUACGAGCAAUCCCAAGGUCCUCAGCGUCGACUUCUGUGAGCAGGACGAGCUGGACAUUCAAAGAGGCAUCUUGAAACCAGCAAAAGAGGAGGAACAUGUUUCCCCGCCGAGUGGUCCUCAGAACCGGCUGCCCCCUCUGAUGCCUGAACGAGACCGGGACAGAGACCGGGACAGGGAGCCCGACCGGGAAAGAGACCGGGGCGUGGCAGGAGUGCGGGAUCUGUGGGCGGAGCGGCAGAGGGAGAUGGAGCGCCGGGAACGAGCCCGUGGCGAGCGGGAAUGGGACCGGGAUAAGGUCCGGGAGUUCGCAACACCGGGAGAGGACGGACAACGGUCGCGAUCCAGAGACCGAGAGCGGAGGAGGAGAGAGAGGGCCAAGAGCAAGGAGAGGAAGACCGACAAGAAGGAGAAAGGAGACGAGCCUCCUGCAAAAUUGCUAGACGACUUGUUCCUGAAGACCAAAGCCGCUCCCUGUAUAUACUGGCUCCCCCUCUCUGAGGAGCAGGCGGCGAAGAGGCUUCUGGACCGCACAGAGCGGCAAAAGGAGCGCGAACGAAGGCGCAAGGAGCAGCAAGAGGAGGAGGAGAAGAAGCGGGAGGAGGAGAGGAAAGAGCGGCUGAAGGCCCGGGAGAAGGACGGCAGCGUGGCGGCGAGCGUCGGAGCAGCCGGCCGAGGAGCCGACAGAGACCGAGAGGCCGACAGAGACCGAGAGAGGGACCGCGGCCGAGAUAGAGAUAGAGAGGGGGACAAGAAGAGGGACAACAGCCAGCGGCCCAGGCGACCUUCAGUAGGCGCCGGCAGUGGACGUCGCUCCCGUAGCCGUAGCAACCCCAGGGAUAGACGCCGCUGAGGGGCGA